AUGCCUCGAGAUCCUCUCAUCGGACUAGUGGGCAAGCCCAGUGCCGGCAAGUCGAGCACCUUAAACUCUCUGACCGAUGCUUCCUCCAAAGUUGGAAAUUUCCCCUUCACCACCAUCGACCCACAACGCGCCGUCGGCUACCUACAGAUCGCCUGCGCCUGCGCCCGGUACGGCGUGUCCGACCGGUGCAAGCCCAACUAUGGCUCCUGCAUCGAGGGCCAGCGCUCUGUGCCGAUCGAGCUCCUGGAUGUGGCCGGUCUGGUGCCAGGGGCCCACGAGGGCAAGGGGCUGGGGAACAAGUUCCUCGACGACCUGCGGCACGCCGACGCGCUGAUCCACGUGGUGGACGUGUCCGGCACGACGGACGCCGAGGGCAAGAACACGCGCGGCUACGACCCCUCGGUGGACAUCGCCUGGUUGCGGUCCGAGAUCGUCGCCUGGAUCAAGGGGAACCUGAUGGAGCGGUGGGGGAGCAUCCGGCGACGGCACAUCGCGACCAAGUCAACGGCCGUCGAGACGCUGCAGGGCCAGUUCAGCGGGUACGGGAGCACGAGCUCGCUCGUGGCGCGCACGCUGGACAGGAUGGGCAUGAAGGAGCCGCUGGAGGAUUGGGACGAGGCGACGAUCGAGCGGGUGGUGAACGCCUUUACUGACGAGAAGUUCCCGACCGUCAUCGCGCUGAACAAGAUCGACCACCCGGACGCGGACAAGAACAUCGCCAAGAUUGCGAAGAUGCAGGACCCGAAUUCUAUCGUUCUGUGCUCAGCUAUCUCAGAGACCUUUCUGAGGAGGAUGGCAAAACAGGGGUAUAUCCGGUAUACAGAAGGAAGCGAGUUCGUGGAUACAAGAGAAGACCUCAUCGCAGAUGGGGAUCCGGAUGGUGGGGGUCUGAAGGAGCUCGACGAGAAGAACCGAAAUAGGAUAGAGAACCUGAAAGACAUGGUUCUCUAUCGUUUUGGGUCCACUGGUGUGGUGCAAGUGCUGUCAAAAGCCGCCGAGAUAUUGGGACUCGUUCCUGUCUUCCCUGUGCGGAAUUCGACGAGUUUCGCAUCCGGGGCGACAGACUCCAAGGCAGUCUUUCGAGAUUGCGUCCUGGUCAAGAAGAACACGACAGUGGCAGACGUCGGGAGGAAACUCAUGGGAGAUGCCCCCAUUGCCUAUAUCGAGGGUGCCGGGGGACAACGAGUUGCUGAGGACCAGAUUGUAUCUGUGGGGAAGAACGACGUCCUGUCUUUCAAGAUUGGGCGGUCAUGA